AUGUCGGAUCAUAUUUGUAAUUAAAGUAAUAAAAGUUAGUUAGUACAUUAUUUUAAAAGUUAAGUACUGAUUGACAUUUGACGGUAUAUCCUAACCCAUAUGGCCAUAUUCCUUUCGGAGUGUAGUUAUAAACUUAUAAAUUCCCAUGAAAAAAAGUGAGGUUGAACAUGAGGCUUUAUUGUGCCAGAAACUUGGCCUUUUCUCUCUCCAGAACUCCAACUAAACUAAUUAAUCGUACGUUCUCUACUACCCUAUCUGAUUCCCAACUGGUAUUUUCCACAUUUCAACGAUCAAAUGAAUCUCAGCUCUUGGAUUGUUUGGCUUAUGGGAACUUGCAGUAUGCACGCCAACUGCUCGACGAAAUGCGGCAUAGAGAAAAUCAGUCUCCUGUUAUUACAUGGACGUCUGUGCUUACUAGAUUCUCUAAGAGGGGCCGUGUUGAUGAGGCACGGACUUUGUUUGACAUCAUGCCAGAAAGAAAUGUUGUUACUUGUAAUGCUAUGCUUUCUGGGUAUGUGCAGAGUGGUAAGCUCAGUGAGGCGUGUAAGUUUUUUGAGGCGAUGCCAGUGAAGAAUGUGGUGUCAUGGACUUGUUUGCUCUGCGGAUUGAUGAAAUAUGGGAUGGUUGAGGAAGGAAAGGCGCUUUUCGAGGCAAUGCCAGAGAAGAAUGUUGUUACUUGGAAUUCAAUGGUUGUUGGGUUGGUAAAGAAUGGGGAUUUGGAGGGAGGAAGAUUGAUUUUUGAGAUAAUGCCGGUUAGGGAUUCGGUUUCUUGGAAUGCAAUGAUUGGUGGGUAUGCAGAGAAUGGUACGAUGGAGGAAGCCAUGGAGUUGUUUGAUCAAAUGGGGGGUAAGGAUGUGAAUGUAAUUACAUGGACUACCUUGAUAUCUGGGUAUUGUAAAGCUGGGGAAGUAUGGACUGCUUAUGGUUUGUUUCGUAGAAUGCCCGGAAAAAAUGUUGUUUCUUGGACUGCCAUGGUUGGUGGAUUUUCAUGGAAUUCUUACUAUGAAGAAGCUAUAUUGUUAGCUCUUGAAAUGAGGAGGGCUGGUGUGAAAAUGAAUGAAGAGACCUGUAUUUCACUAGCUUAUGCCUGUGCCGGGAUGGGUUUUCCUCGGCUUGGUAUGCAACUACAUGCUUUUAUAAUCACUAACAAUUUCGAAUGUCUUGAUCAAAGUGGACGACUUUUGAACAGUCUGGUUUAUAUGUAUUCUAGAUAUGGCUUAAUGGAGUAUGCUUACUCUAUAUUUGAGAAGAACAAAAAUAACUGGAAGACACAAUCUUGUAAUGCUUUGAUCAAUGGUUAUAUUCAGAUUGAAAAAUUGGACAAGGCUGAGUAUGUCUUUAACAAUAUGCCUUUUUAUGAUAAAAUUUCAGUGACUUCCAUGAUCAGUGGGUAUUUUGACGUUGGAGAAGUAGCUAAGGCGUAUGAACUGUUCAACAACAUGACUGAUAAGGAUAACAUUGUGUGGACAGUGAUGAUAUCAGGGUACGUGCAAAAUGAGUUGUUUCUAGAAGCUAUGUGUUUAUUCUCGGAAAUGUGGAUGCAAGGUGUAAUACCUCUACAGUCUACGUAUUCUGUUCUUCUUGGAGCAGCUGGUGCAGCUUCUCACCUUGAACAAGGCAGGCAAUUGCAUUGCUUAUUGAUUAAAACACAAUUGAAUCUGGACUUGAUUCUUGAGAAUUCACUAAUCUCAAUGUAUGGAAAAUGUGGUCAAAUAGGUGACUCGUAUCAAAUUUUCUCAAACAUGGAUUGCAAAGAUUUGGUUUCUUGGAAUUCCAUGAUUAUGGGUUUCUCGUCUCAUGGGCUAGCAGAUGAAGCUUUAUCACUUUUCAACGGUAUGCCAAAAUUACUGAUAAAACCAAAUUGUGUUACGUUUUUAGGUAUAUUAUCUGCAUGCAGCCACGCGGGGUUGGUGAAAGAGGGUUGGCUUAUAUACAGAGCCAUGAAUGAGAAUUAUGGGGUUGUUCCAGAUUUGGAACACCAUAUAUGCAUGAUCAACCUCCUAGGACGUGCUGGAAAAGUUGGGGAAGCUGAACAGUUCGUGUUGAGUUUACCUCCUGAGCAAGGUGUUUCUGUUUGGGGUGCUUUGUUAGGUGUAUGUAGACUCGGUGAAGGAAAUACCGAUAUUGCUGGACGUAUCUUCGAGAGACUCCUUGAGCUAGAUCCUUUAAAUGCAGCAGCUCAUGUUGUUCACUGCAAUAUGCUUGCAGCAGCCGGUCAGUAUGGUGAAGAGAGAAUGUUGAGGAAGGAGAUGAGAUCGAAGGGGGUGAGAAAGGCUCCUGGACUUAGUUGGAUAUCGAGUGGAAAAAGAACUCAUGUGUUCCUUUCAGGAGAUAAGAGCACAAUCUCAAGGUGAAGAAUUGUCAUCCGGAUAAUAGAUGACACGUCACAUAUAUAUAACAGGCUGAAAGCAUUUUGUCUGCAGGAGACAGGACACGCUUCCUGUAAGCAAACCAGUCCAGCAUCGGGGAUGUAGAUAUGACUUAAACUGCUAACAAUUUUUCUGAUUUUCCACUGGUGAAUCCGCAAUCAAAUCAUCUGCAUAUAGUUGAAGACAAAGGGGCAAGAUAAACAGUUUGUUUGAGGUUCACGAAACAAAAAAUCGCAGCUCUAAAACCUGAAUCAAAGGAUGUUCUUUAUCUCCUGAAAAUAGUUUACUUGAAAUUGGAGGUGCAGUUGUAGGUGCAUUUUAUGGUGAAGAAAAAGUUUCAUGGAUUUGGUGUGCCUGGUUGCAAUUUUCUUCAUGCGCCUCUUUAAGAACCAAUUUUGUCCACUUGUAAUUUCUAGUCAUUUACAGUGUGUGGAAUAAAAGGGUGGAGGGUAGGGGUGACUUGGUGAGAACAGUAGCGGAUCUUGACUUAAAAUUACGAGGGGCCAAGGUUUGACACUUCAACAUCUUACUGUACAGAUACAUUCAAUUACUAAAUCACCAACAGAAGAUGAAAGUUUGAAGUCUGUUGUCCUGCGUAGUACUAUUAGUUUUGGAUGUAAAGAAAGCCUUAAUUAUUUUUUACAUGUAAUUAGAUGUACAUAUCGAUCUUUGAGACUCAUUUGAAACUGAUAAAUGAGAAUAAUUUUGUAUGAUGAAUAAUUUAUGUGUGUUUUGCUGUUUCUGUUUGAUUGAA